AAUGUCACAAUACGGUAAAGCAGAAUAUUGGGAAGAACGAUACACGAGGUAUUAAGUCUGUUAAUCUAAAAUAGAGAUCCUGAACCAUUUGAUUGGUAUUAAAGAUUUGCAGGGAUCAAGGAUCUAGUAUCAGCCUGCUUCACUCCUGAAAGCAAACUUCUCAAUAUUGGGGCAGGGAAUUCAAGUAUGGAAUUGUUAUAGGGUGAUUUUAGGAUUAAGUGAGGAGAUGUUCGAUGAAGGUUAUUAGAAUAUUACAAAUAUUGAUAUUUCUCAUGUUGUUACAAAAGCGAUGUAAGAGAAGUACAAAGAUAAAGGUCCAAAUUUCAAAUGUACAAAUAGUUUAAUUGUAGAUCUUCAUAUGGAUGCCAGAGCAAUGGAAUUUGAAGAUGGAUCAUUCGAUGGAGCCAUAGAUAAAGGAACUCUUGAUGCCAUAUUAGUAAGACUUAUAAUCUACUUUAGUGUGGAGAAUCAUCGUCAUCCAAUGCUUAAAAAGUGAUUCAAGAAGUUCACAGAGUGUUGGGACCAAAAGGAGUGUAUUUAGCAAUUUCAUAUGGUUUACCUGAACAUAGACUUUAAUAUUUUGAAAAGCCUGAAUAUGAUUGGUAUGAUAAGAUGAUUAAUUUCAUUUGAUUAGGAAUGUAAUAGUUAAAUAAGUUCACAAACCAACAAUUUCAACUUCUAUCGCAAUUACAAAUGAAGAUAAGGAUGCUCCAAAUGCUCAUUAUAUAUAUAUAUGCACUAAAGUAGAUUGAAAUUGUUAUUAUUUUAGGGAUAACAAAAAGGAGCUAAGUAAUGA